UUUUUUUAUUUUUAGGUGAACUAUCCCUUUAAAGACUUAAGUAAUGCCCAGAGGGAAAGUGGAGAAUGGAUGUUUUGCUGUUACUUUAUUAGUAUUAUUUUUUCGUAAUAAUACAAAAUUAAACUCUUGCAAAUGAUACGGGUUCGUUGGAUUAAAUGCGAAUAAAAACUCAUUGUGCUCUGAUGCAGCAUAGUUUGUAUAAUAGGAAGUGCAUUGCUAUUGGCCAGUUUGUCAGGGAGUGUUCGUUGACAUAGAUGAUUGCAGGGAAGAUCACUGGCAGCAGAUUUCUGUAAGAGUUGUGUGAACUUGUAACAUGGAUCGCUGGAAAGGCAGGGUUGCUCUGGUCACUGGAGCUUCAGUGGGAAUCGGAGCAGCGAUCGCGAAGUCUCUGGUCCAGCAUGGCAUGAAGGUGGUCGGCUGUGCCAGAAAUGUGGAGCAAAUUCAGAAAUCGGCAGCAGAUUGUGUCAGUAGUGGAUUCAGUGGCACUCUGAUCCCAUAUAAAUGUGAUCUGUCUGUAGAGGAUGACGUGUUAUCCAUGUUCUCCUGGAUCAAAGUUCAACAUCAGGGCAUUGACGUGUGCAUUAAUAAUGCUGGUUUGGCUCUCCCAGAGCCUCUGUUGAGCGGCAAAACCAGUGGCUGGAGGACUAUAAUGGAUGUGAAUGUCAUUGCCCUGUCCGUGUGCACCCGUGAGGCUUACCAGUCCAUGAAAGAAAGAAAAAUUGAUGAUGGUCAUAUCAUUAAUAUCAACAGUAUUUGUGGACACCGGGUCAUCAACAGUGCUGAUGCACACUUCUACACCGCCAGCAAAUACGCAGUGACGGCUCUCACAGAAGGUUUGAGGCAAGAGUUACGAGAAGCCAAAACCAACAUACGUGCCACAUGUAUUUGUCCUGGCAUAGUGAAGACAGAAUUUGCCUACCGACUCUUUAGCGAAAACCCAGAAAAGGCUGCUGCUACUUAUAAAAGUGAAAAGUGCCUACAAGCAGUUGACAUCGCAAACGCAGUGGUGUAUGUCCUGAGUGCUCCUCCUCAUGUUCAAAUUGGUGACAUUGAGAUCACGCCAGUGGAUCAGUCGAUGUAACGGGCUCAAGAUAAAUGGGAUCAAACAUCUUGACACACUGUGAAAGAAUUUGAAGUACAAAACUAAAUAAAUCUAUAAAAUAAUUAUUGCUCAAUUUACUAGUAUGUUUAGAAAUAAAGUAAAUUUACUAUACUAUAUGUAUUGUAAAAGUUACAAGACUGGCAAAAAUUUUGAUUUAUUUUAAAUGCUGUUUUAAUUAAAUAUUUUUUUUUUAAAUCAUCGUUGCAAAAUGUGGUAUUACUGACAUAUUGCUAAACAUUUACAAAGAAUCAGUGCUGAUUUCAGCUCUGAAUUUGCAGCUCCGCAUUAAUGGUUUACAUUGCAUCAAUGGCUUUGAUCAAACUUAAUUAAUAAGUAAGUUAUUGACUUACUUAACACUCAAUUUUCUUCUGAAGACUUGAACUAUAGUGCAGUGUUUCAAUCGUUAUUCACUUUAAUUAUAAGAACAGCAAGGAUUCUUCAAAUAUUUAGCUGUUUCAUUGAUAGAGGAAAGUCAUGUGCAUUUAAACUGAUAUUUUUGAAUUGCCAGUAUAUCCAUAUCUAGACCCAGUUAACAUUUUUGAUAAUUUGUAUUUUUAUUCCUAAAGUGUGGGUGUGGGAGGAAUUUAUUACCAAAUAGCUCUUCUGGUUUUCUGGUUCUCUCUGAAACCAAAUAUGACGUCUAUUGAAAACUGAAAAGUAAACUAUUGAAAUUAUCAUGCCAAGAUUGGAAAACAGUGCCUUAAUAAAUUAUCUUGUCAAGCAUGGUUGAAGUUAGUAAAAGAGUCUAGAUGCCUCGUUUUCCUCCAAAACCAUAGUAUAGUUUUGAAAGGUAUUAAAAAACAAGUAGUACUUUUCUGUGUGUUUAUAGUGUAAAUGACAAUCAUUCAACUGAUUUUUGCACUUGCUUUCAGUUCAGAAUCUAUGGCUGCUUAUGGCCCAAUGUUUCCUCCUCAUGCAUGAUUGGCAUCUCAAGGAAAAAUGCCUAGCAACCAGAAAUGUUCAGCCCUGCUAAUGCUGUGAGGCAAGCAUUGUUUUGCCAUUAAAAAUGUCUGCUUAAAAAUGACAAAA